AUGAACCGAGAGCUGCUGGAGAUCAGUAUAUCGCAGAACAAGAAGCCGGACGUCUGGCACACACAUCGAAACUUGGUGUUAUUGCCGCAGAAAGACAACAGUGAGUGUGUGCAGAAACUCUUUCACCAAGAAGCUCUCAGAGCCUCAGCGAAACAGCCAGGCACAGACAAUGGACUGACGGAGGGUGUCAGUCAGGGGGUCGACCCAAUCACGCUGACCAGGUCUUGGUGGUCGUUGCGUAGAGGCGGCAGCGCAGGAGGUGGCGGUGGGCUGUGGACAGUGGCAGGCUCAGGGGUGGGAGCGUGGCCAUGGGGGGGCCGCAUCCCGUCCUCCACCCUGCACCGGGACAGGCGCUGGGGCUGGGGGUUCUGGGGCGGGAGUUCAUCCAGGGGAGCCCCCAGAGUCUCUGAGCUCAGGCCAUGGCUGAGCGGGGGGACGCUUGCUGCGGCAGGAGGUGGAGGUAGUACCGUGGCUGGAGGCGGGGCGGAGAAAGGAGGCAGGGCAAGAUGCUCCCGCAGGGUCUGGGUUCUCCUCGGCUCACUGGCUCUCAUCUUCCUCACCUCUCUCUUCUUCUCCGUCUCGCUCCGCGGGGGCGUCGGCUUCAACUACCUGGAGCCGCCUGGGUGGGAGGAGUCGAGGCGGGUGAAGCUAGUGCCCAGCUACGCGGGCGCACACAGGCUGUCACCGGCCGAGACCUCGCAGCCGAAGACAUGUGCCUGCCCACGCUGUGUCGGAGACCCCGGCGUCUCAGACUGGUUCGAUGAGAACUACGACCCUGAUAUCUCACCCGUUUGGACCAGAGACAACAUCCAGCUGCCCUCUGAUGUCUACUACUGGUGGGUGAUGUUACAACCCCAGUUUAAACCCCACAGCAUCCAGCAGGUGCUGCUGAGGUUGUUCCAGGUGAUUCCUGGAAGGUCGCCGUACGGCUCGUGGGAUCCAGGACGCUGCCUGCGCUGCGCCGUGGUGGGGAACUCCGGAAACCUCCGCGGGGCCGGAUAUGGGGCGACCAUUGACGGACACAACUACAUCAUGAGGAUAAACCUGGCCCCCACGGUGGGCUACGAAGAAGACGCCGGCAGCCACACCACUCACCACUUCAUGUACCCGGAGAGCGCCAAGAAUCUGGCGGCCAACGUCAGCUUCGUCCUGGUUCCCUUUAAGACGCUGGAUCUCGUCUGGAUCACCAGCGCGCUGUCCACCGGCCAGAUUCGAUUUACCUACGCUCCUGUGAAGCAGUUCCUCCGUGUAGAUAAAGACACGGUCCAGAUCUUCAACCCAGCGUUCUUUAAAUACAUCCACGACCGCUGGACCAGGCAUCAUGGGCGCUACCCCUCCACUGGAAUGCUAGUGCUGUUCUUUGCCCUGCACGUCUGUGAUGAGGUGAAUGUGUUUGGUUUCGGGGCAGACAGCAGGGGAAAUUGGCACCACUACUGGGAACAGAACCGCUACUCCGGAGAGUUCAGGAAGACCGGCGUCCACGACGCCGACUACGAAGCCCAGAUCAUCCAACACCUGGCCAAGGCUGGCAAGAUCACUGUAUUCCCUGGGAAAUAACCAGCAGAUCACCCUGUGCAUCUAAUGUUCCAACUGUGGUACUGCAACAGACACUAUAGAGACUGCUUAGAACGUGUUAUGUCCUUGUAUUCCCCUACCUGAACCAGUUUGGGAUCCCAGGUUGAAAAGUAAACCAAAUGCUUCCAGAAAGCGAGACAAAAUGGUCACAGAAUGGUACCAAACAAUGCUAUUCCAUUCACUUUCCCUUAUCUUGGAGAAUGUGCCCACCAGUGGAGGCUCUGAUUGGAGAACAUGGAGGAACCAGGAGCAGGGAACAUGUAGAUCCCAACAUAGUUCUGCUCUCUAGUUGGCUCUUAGUUUUCAAGGUUGGUUUUACCACUAAUGGCCAGAGAAGGACUACAUAUCUCUUUUCCAGGAGCAGCUUCAACUCAGGAGUUAAAAACAAGCGAAGGCUUGUCAGCAGGAACACUCCUGUACAGUUCUUCACCUUCUAAGCACGGCGCACUAUACUGUAGGCCUAUAGACCACAUUGACACGAUGGUGUGCUGUUAAACAUUUUGAGACUCAAGGAUUAAUCUUCCAUCUCUGACAGGACCCUGGGCCAUGACUUCCUUAAGAAAGAAUUGAUCUUCUCAAAUGGAGCCUCACUUGCCACUAUCACAAGGAUCUUGUCUGACGGUGAUGUGUUGUAAAAUACUUGAUUAUAAGAUCAUAGACGAUUGCUGUGAGUUUAUAAUGUAUGACUGUCCUCGACACCUUGCAGCAGACACACAGAAACGGGGUCAAGGCUUUUGCUUUGUGGCCAUUCUGACUGACAGAUCACUGCAGCACUAGCAUGAGACUCAGCGUCUGUAGAGCCAGCUAACCUGGUUUUAAACACCACGCUACAGUCCCCUUUCACAUCCAGACACAGGGAGUGUUGGUUUUUACUGCGUGACGCUCUAAUGAGGCCAACAGCCUUUCUCCUGGGAUUUCAUGUUUGGAUGGAGGCAGGCUGGAAAAGCCCGGCGUUUCCUCCCCAUGUGCUCUGUCAGGUUCUAAUUUGGGAGACAAGGACUACAGAGCGAGAGCUGGAGCACGAAGAACCAGAUUGACAAAGGAAACACAUAAUUUGCAACACAGUGAAUAGAUAAGACGUUGGUCAACUGUUGAUGUGCUCAAAAUCACAUUGACACAAACUGUACCGGGUUCACCACUUGAGCUUUGAAAGGAUUGAAACUAAAACAGACCUCGCUCUGUUUCCUUUCCUUUUCACAGACCUGACUCCUGCAUCCCAGUGGGAUUAGAGACUGUCAGGAGCAUUUCGCCCCAGAUUAAGACCCAUAUGAUGGGGUGAAAGUAAACCCCAUCUGGGAAUUAUUUUGGCUUCAUUAACCACUAGCCCUGGUCCCCACUCAGCCAAUUCAAACUUCAGCUAUAUCCGGAGCCACCAGACGCCUUAGACUUCACCUUUGUACCGCACAAACUGCACUUCCUGUUCUGAUUUUCAUGUUGAUGGCAUAUCACCCUGCAGAUUGCAGACUUCAUUCGUUAGUUUUAUGUGCUGUUUGGCUUUGAGUUUACACUUUGGCUGGAUUGAUAUUGUUGGCUCAGAUUAGAUCUUUUUUUUCCACCCAGGUGGCUCGUUAAUGUUUUUAUCAUGAUUUGGUAACUUCAAAUAAUAGCCAUUUACAUGUUAUAGCCUCCAUUGUUGGUUAUUUAUAUCUUUAACAAGGAGGCCCAAAAUAAAAUCAGUCAUGGAAGUGCUGCUAGACGGAAUAUGAAAAACAGAAGUGUUCGUGGAAAAGGGAGAAUGUGUGCCACAGAGAGGAAGGAAAAUACAAGUAUUUGGUUUGACUUGAGGCUGCAAAUCCAUCCAAAGAUGCAAAUGCAUCCAAAGAUGCAAAUGCAUCCAAAGAUGCUGUGAUCAAGCAGCAGAUGGUGGCUGAUAAGGAUGAGUGCUCAUGGUUCCUACACAGGUCUGGACAAUAUGGAGAAGCCAUGAUUGAAUAAGACUUUCAGGGUGCGAUAAGUAAUAUUUCUAUUGCCCCUUGACACCAAACUAAUUCAUGUAUGCAUGGCCUUUAAUGCUCAUUUAAAACUAUAAGAAAACUACACAACUUACUUAAAGUUUACCAGACCUUCACCAAUAUUUCUUUCUCCUAAAAGGAGUUGGUGUAUCAUUUUAGUGACUCAUAAUGUGGUCCACCGUGAGCUGGAUUUACAUUGAUGGCUAUGUUUGUGAAUAGAAGCUGUUUAGGAACCGUGAGUGCCCGCUGCGUUAGCAGAUGCUUCUUUAAUCCCAAAUAACACCUGUGCAUGUGUGAGAACGUGUUGUUAAAAAGUAAAAGGAUUUCAAUCCCAUAGCGCUCACCCUGAGAAAGGUUCAAAUGAGGAGGGUCGGGGUGCUAUAGUGCCCCUAGCAGGCGAUGGGAAGAACUGUUUUCCUCUUCUGCUGAUAUCAGUUGUUUUAUUGGAUUUUCUUUGCAGGAUUUUGUGUAACCACAUGUAACCCUCUUGUAUUAUCAUUGUACUUCAUCUUCUAUCAAUGUUUUCUACCCUACUUUGCACAUAAUAGAUCAUAUAGGAGGCUUCAUUGUCAGGCUGGGCUCACUUUAGGAGUCUCUUUUGCUGAAUCUCGACAUAUUGUUUUAUGUUUUUUCUCUCUGUCACACACACACACACACACACACACACAAAUUCAUGCUUUCGUGCCUUGUCCUUGUCCUGCUGCUGGACAUAUCCCGCCUACAGCUGCUCCAUCGGCAACACACACUGGCUACCUUUGCAUUUUUUUAGCUUCACACAUGCGACUUUUGGCUGAGAGCUGUGCCUUCUGAGCUUCACACAGACACUAACACACACACACACACACACACACACACACACACACACACACACACA